CUUAGUGAUCGAGAUCGGAAUGCAGCCGAAGUUCACGUAGGGUAGCCGGGAGAAUAUCACAAUGUUACGAAUGUCCAUGCGAAGGCUCCUAACGCAAUCUCUGCGACAAACGUGUCUGUAUGGGGAAUGUAAGGGUACUGCUUAUCUUCCUAGAGUCCCGAAGUUUUACUCCUCACAGGCAGUCGCCAAGGAAAGUUCACAGUCAGAUGUUGCAGAGAAAGAGACAGAGGAAACUCGAAUUAAGAAGAGUAAACCUAUGACAAAUACCCCUUUUAUUCGGGAGCUCUUUCUUGGAAGGUUUGCGAAAGAAGUGCUGGUUUAUCCAGAGCUGACAAAAGAGGAAUUGGAAAAUCUGAAUCAAAUGGUUCAACCGAUCGACAAGUUCUUCAACGAGGGAUUGGACUCCAAAAGUAUUGAUGUUAACGCCAAGAUUCCAGAUGAAGUUCUCCAGAGCGUGAAAGACCUCGGCCUUUUUGGACAACAGAUUCCAGAGGAAUACGGGGGACUCGGACUAAAUGCAACAGAGUUUGCGAGGCUGGCCGAAAUCACAGCUCUGGACGGAUCAAUUGCUGUCACACUGGCUGCACAUCAGUCCAUUGGGUUAAAGGGUAUUCUGAUAGCCGGGAAUGAUGCACAGAAAUCUAAAUAUUUACCUAAGCUUGCCACGGGGGAACAUGUAGCUGCAUUUUGUCUCACAGAGCCAUCAAGUGGGAGUGAUGCAGCCUCCAUACAAACAAGAGCCACACUCUCAGACGAUGGGAAGACAUUUCUUUUGAAUGGCGGCAAAAUCUGGAUCUCUAAUGGGGGGAUUGCUGAUAUCUUUACAGUGUUUGCUAAAACAAAAGUCAUGGUAGAUGGUGCAGAAAAAGACAAAGUUACUGCCUUUAUAGUGGAGAGAGCCUUUGGUGGAAUAACAAGUGGAAAACCAGAGGAUAAACUAGGCAUCCGUGGCUCAAACACCUGCGAGGUCCAUUUUGAUAACACCCCUGUUCCCAUGGAGAAUGUCCUCGGAGAAGUUGGUAGUGGGUUCAAGGUUGCCAUGAACAUUUUAAACAGUGGUCGAUUCAGCAUGGGCAGUUCUGGUGCUGGGAUCCUAAAGAAGCUGAUUGGAAUGACAUGUGAACAUGCAAUUGCCAGGAAACAGUUUGGAUCUCCGCUGUCAGAAUUUGGGAUGAUUCAGGAAAAGUUCGCCCAGAUGACGAUAACGACAUACGCUAUGGAAAGCAUGGCGUAUCUGACUGCUGGUACUCUUGACCUCCAUCAGAAACCAGAUGUCUCGUUAGAGGCAGCCAUUGUUAAGGUAUUUAGUUCUGAGGGAUGUUGGACGUGUGUGAACGAGUGCCUGCAGAUUCUGGGAGGACUGGGAUACAUGAAGGAUUAUCCGUAUGAGAGAUACCUACGAGAUGGCCGCAUUCUGAUGAUUUUUGAGGGCACCAAUGAGAUUCUACGACUGUUUGUUGCUCUGGAGGGAAUGAAGUAUGCUGGGAAAGAGUUAAAAGAGGCCGUAAAGUCUUUAAGGAACCCCUGGCAAAACCCUGGGGUUGCCUGGAAUAUGUUUAAGAAAGGACUCGGCAGGAAAAUGGGUUCCAAGAAAAAGGCAGACAAUGUGAUCAGUAUCCAUCAGCCAGACAGCUCCCCACUCCAGCUACACAAAUCUCUACAUAACUCACUACAGCGAGAAGCACUGUAUCUGGAGGGCUGUACACAGGCAUUUCAAAAUGUGGUGGAGCACCUGCUCAUUACUCAUGGAAAAGAAAUUGUUGGUGCCCAGAUGGACCUGGCUAAAGUUGCAAAUAUUGUCAUUGACCUGUACGGGAUGACGGCUUGCCUGAGUCGAUCUAAUCGCUCCUACUGUCUUGGACUUCAGAAUGCUGACCACGAGAUUCUACUGACAAAAGCUUUCUGUAAAGAUGCUGUGAAAAGAAUUGAAAGGAAUUUGACAGAAAUUUACAAUGGACCAGUUGGAAACAACUCGGAGAAUUAUGAACACAUCGCUCAGACUGUGUUUAAGCAUGGCGGAUAUGCUGCAGCUCAUCCACUAGAGAGGAUGUGGUGACCUGUCUACUAUAUAAAAGAACAUUCCCGCCAUGACUGUUCAGUGGACUCAGUGACUAAUUGACCUAUGACUGUUCAGUGGACUCUGUGACUAAUUGACCUAUGACUGUUCAGUGACUAAUUGACCUAUGACUGUUCAGUGGACUCAGUGACUAAUUGACCUAUGACUGUUCAGUGGACUCAGUGACUAAUUGACCUACCUUCAUGGCAGGAGUUAAAUCUGUGAUACAUUUGGAGAACAAAGUGAUGAAAUAUAAUUAUGUGUAUUUAUGCAUUAUGUCAAUAAAAUUAAUUUGAACAACA